AUGCUGAAAGAUCUAAUCCUCCAACAAGACCCUGAUCGCGGGUCAUCAGACCUCAUAGACCUCUCGAAUCCCCAAAGCAAUAACAAUAAUUCCAAUAUAAACCCAAAUCAAAACCCAAAUACGACCUCUAAUGAAAAUUUCACAAAUUUAAAUGAGGAAUUGAAAAAUGAAAGUGUUCCUUUCUGUUUUGCCUGUGGAGAAAUCAUCAGGGAUAGAUUUUACCUUUUGGCAGUGGAUAGGGCGUGGCAUGCUAAUUGUUUGAGAUGUUGCAGGUGUAGUCAACCUUUAGAUUCAGAAUUAUCCUGUUAUUCCAGGGAUGGAAAUAUUUAUUGCAAAGAAGAUUAUUACAGGACGUUUUCUAUUACCCGUUGUUGCUCCGGGUGCGGAAUGGGCAUUUCCAGGAGCGAAUUGGUGUUCAGGGCCCGCUCUUUAGUUUUUCACGUCCGUUGUUUUGCCUGCAGGGCCUGCAGUAGGGCCCUGGCAAAAGGAGAUACUGCUGCAGUACGAGAUGGAGUCGUUUAUUGUGCCCAACACUGUGCAGCUUUGCAUAUUUCUCAAGAAAGUGAUGCCCUGGUGCAAGCCCAAUACUUCCAACACGGUCUGACCCCAUCAGGUUUGGGACCUCAAAAAGGCAGGCCCAGGAAACGUAAAACUCCCAGCAUCACCAGCAAUGAAGGCGUUAGUGAUUUAUCUCUCAGAAUGGAUAUGCUUCAUUCUGAUAUGGAACAUUCUAUGGACAUGGAUUCUUAUGAUGGUUCUCAAUCGCCGGGUAGCGUUAUGAGUGUCUCAGGGACUUCCAGAACAAAAAGGAUGAGGACAUCAUUCAAACAUCACCAAUUGAGAACCAUGAAAUCCUAUUUUGCAAUAAAUCAAAAUCCAGACGCCAAGGAUUUGAAACAGUUGGCGCAGAAAACUGGAUUAUCGAAACGUGUCUUACAGGUUUGGUUUCAAAAUGCGCGCGCAAAAUGGCGAAGGAACGUAAUGAGGAACGAAACGUCGUCUAAUUCAAAUCAUCAGACAUCAAUGCACCAUCACGGUUCUGCUCCUUCCAACAACCAACCCACCCAGGUGCCCAGUGGUGCCUCCAGUGACAGAAGUUCGACCACGAGUGACGUUACGACGUCUUCACUCCUGACGCCAUCAGGAUCCGACGUCAUAGUCGGUGGAGACAACUCGGGGUCCCCAUUGGUCGUCAGCAGGCACCAUGUGAUGUCGCAUUCGAGCUUAGAAGAUUUGCAUCAGCAUCAUGUUUUGGGGACUGGGUUCGGAGAUUUAUAUUAG